GCAACAACAUUUCUGGCCAGACAGUGUUUAUGUCCAAAACCACAAAAGGAUUAAAUUUGGAAAAAUUUGGAAAAUGGCCUUUUCCAUGUCACUACAACAUCAACGAUUCCCUCCUCAAGGUGUCUCCCAAGGGUAUAACAUCUUCCUUCCAGUCAAAGACCUCCUGCCUAACAAGGAUGUACAGAUUUAUUCCAGAGCCUGCAACCUACCAGCCACAUAAACCUACCAAGGAAGCAAAGAAAACUCCUUUCAGGUAGAAAUUCUGCUUGAGUCCCUCUGCUCCAGCAAUCCCACCUGUUUGUAAAGAUCCUCCUUCGCCUGGGGGAAGGUCCCACAGUGGGACCUUGUGGAUGACAAAGUGUCUCCAGAGCAGAACUGCUCCUGUGCUGCGUUUCUCUCAAACACAGGGCGAUGGACAGGAAGGGUUCCCUGGGCCAGGUAAAAAUAAGAAUUGUUCUGAAGUAAUUCUCACUCUCACAGAAAACACCAGUGUGACUAAACAGCGCUAUUGCCUGCACAACAGG